CAAAGUUGCUGACAGCUUUUACCAGAGUUCUUAUCUCUGUGACUAAUACUGCCUACCUAAACUCUUUUGGUCUGACAUUACUGCUCUUCCUGUAGUGGCUGAGACAGCCACAGCCGAUCCUGGCUUACCUUACUAUACCCGAGAACUUUAACCUCCUACCAAAAUGUCUGACCUUGAAAAGGCAAUGAGCACCAUUAUUGAAGUUUUUCACAAAUAUUCAGAAAAGGAAGGUGAUAAACACAAACUGAAGAAAGCUGAGCUAAGGGAACUAAUGAACAAUGAACUUUCAAAUUUCCUAGGGGAGAUCAAAGACCAAGAGACAGUGGAUAAAGUGAUGGAAAGCCUGGACGCCAACAGGGAUGAAGAAUGUGAUUUUCAGGAAUUUGUGUCCUUCAUUGCAAUGAUCACGAUUGCGUGCCACGAGUUCUUUGAACAAGAGUGAAAUCAGUUCUGUCCUCUGCAAAGUAGAUGGAGUAGGAAUGAUAUUAUAUUAAUGGUUCUUACAGAAACACAGACUAUGGCAUGCUAUCCAGAGAGUUUUAACUGGGUUGGCAAGUGAGACCAUUGAACUAAUAAUGUAUAAGGAAUGUGAAGAGAGAGCAUUUUGCAUCACUUUUAACUUACCUCAUUGCUAGAAGUAACUUAAGCAAUGGCUACAGAUAAUUACUAUCAAACUACUCACUGUCUCAUGCACUCAUGUUUACCCUAUUAUUUAUGUCUAGUGGGAAAACAAAGAAGCUUCAUAUAGAUAGAUAGAUAGAUAGAUAGAGAGAUAGACAGAUAGAUGGUUUCUGCCUCCACGGCUGCUGUCCAUCAGCUGUUCCCAUUUGUUCCCGGGAGAGAUGGGAUUACCCAGUCCCUGCACAAUAGCUGACUGGAGAGAACCUUCAUAUGGGCAGGCAGGGAGAUGGUUUGCACCCCAUCGUGCCUUAACUGAGCUCAGAGGUGUUUUAUAUUUGACCUAGCACUCUACCACUUGGCAACCUUAGCAGUCCAUUGUCUAAUGGCAGAUGGUGUACAUGCACACUACUGCACAUGCUCCGUCCUAUUUGAAGCAUAAUUGUUUGGUGCUUGUGCCCACCUCAUCCCUGUAAGCUCUGCGGCACAGCUUGUAGACUAUAAUCCAUUCAGCCUCUGUUGCAUGUCAGUACAAGAUGGGUAAACUAAUCUCGGAUGCUCACUUACAUCUGCCCCAGCAAGUUCCUCCAAUGCCUGAGCCACUAAAUAAACUCUGAUCCUUGGAAUUGUGGUCAUGGCUUUAUAUCUUUCUAUGCCCCACAACUUGCCAACCUUAUUUGCUGAGUGACUCAUUUCAGAAAACACUUAAUGAAACAUUGAACCAGUACUAAAUAAAAUGGACAUGCUUUAAGACUAUCACAGAUAAUAAUUUAGACACUGUUAUUUAAUUUUUACUCAUUUUGGUGAAAGUUUCUUAUGAAGCUUUCAGAGGAUUGCUGUGAAGAAUGCGUACAUUGUGUAAACAAAUAUUUACACUGGUUUCAAGUUAAUGAAUUAUCUUGAUUCAUGAACCAAAUUAAGAUUAAUAACUACACAGUUUACCUAGUAUUGUCUCAUUGUGUUCACUGGAGCUCUGAUUUCACUUCUGCUCAGCAUGGCAUAUGUGCAAUUUAAUCAACCAAUGUUUCGUGACAAUUUGGUUUUGAUUAUCUCUUAUGUCCUUUUACACUAUGCAUACAUUUCCCACUGAUAUACUUAUUUCACCUCAUUAUGAAGGAAAUCUGCAUGAUUUUUCACGUCUAUGUCAGUUUCACAUCUCCGUAUCUGUUUACAACCAAAUAAAAAUUGCUAACAAACCUGUUUACAUUUUUAAGUGCUGCGGAUAAGAUGUUCUUCUUAUUUUACUUGUGUGCACUGACAGAGAUAUUUCACUUUUCAUUUCCCUGAUGCAGAUGAAAAAGUGUUCCUCCUUUUUUUCCUGUGAUGCCUGUCCCACUCCAAUGUUAUGCAGAAUUUAGCCACAUUUUAUCUACUCGGAUGACUGUCAGAAUUUUUAUUUCUGUCCUGAUACACUUGCUUUAACACUCUUCAGUUUUGAUCUCAAUAGAAAAUAUUCCAACAAUUGUUUUUUGUAAUAUCAGGGACAUUUCAGCCUCCAGUCCUUGUGCCAGCAUAAUGCCUUCUCCCACAGUCAGUGAAAACAAGAUAAUUAAUUUAUUUUCCAAGAAUGUAUGUACAUUUAUUAAUUCUAUAAUACCUCACAGUCUAGAAGAUUCUUUUCUGUUUUAUGGUCAUUUGCUUGAAGGUGACUAUAAGCUGUGUUAAAGCUAUUGUAAACAGUUACCCAGACUGUAUUGCAACAUUGGCCUUAUACCUGUCAUGAAUUCAGUUCAAAUCUAGGCAGGGAUAGGGUGGCACCUUCCUAUUCCCUGAUGACGUGUCCAUACACUGGACUUGAAUGCAACAGCAGCCACUAGUGGCAGGAAGAAGCACAGCUGAGCGCUCAUUUUCUCCUGAUGGGUGACUUACCACAAGAGUAUCU